CAGAAUGAGAUGGGACCCAAGGAGGCAGGAUAGCUGUAGACACAAGGAUAUGCUGAACACAGGAUGAGUGGUGAUGAAGAAGUCCAAAGUGGGCGGAGUCUUCAUCUUUGUGAUCUGUCUGAUGGUCUACCUGAUGUUUGUGAAGCACCACUACUCCACCCGCAGACCCGACACCCACAGACCACCUCCACAUGUCCAGCAUGGACCGCACAGAAAUGAAGAGGACAAUGGUGACAGCUUCCAGUAUGGUGUCAUGUUUGAUGCUGGGAGCACCGGGACCAGAGUCCACAUCUUCAGCUUCCAGAUGGACCAAGGAGCUCCUAAACUGGACCAUGAGACGUUCAGAGCUAUUAAACCUGGGCUAUCGUCGUACGCUGAUGAUCCACAGAAGUGUUCUGCAGGUAUCAUGGAGCUCCUGAAUGUGGCGAAGUCCAGUGUACCUCUCUCCAUGUGGACCAGAACCCCUGUGGUUCUAAAAGCCACAGCGGGUCUGAGACUGCUGCCUGGACAGAAGGCUGACCAGCUGCUGGACACAGUGAGGGUUCUGUUCCAGGAGUCCCCCUUCCUGUCCCGAGAGGACAGCGUGUCCAUCAUGGAUGGAACCGAUGAAGGGAUUUCUGCUUGGAUCACCAUCAACGUCCUCACAGGUGGUCUUCACAGAGCAGACAUGCCCACUGUUGGAAUGCUGGAUCUGGGAGGGGGGUCGACUCAAAUCACCUUCAGCCCCCGCGAUGAGAAAACCGUCCAGACUUCACUGGUGGACUUCAUCCGAUCCGUCCAGAUGUUCAACACCACACACACCGUCUACACUCACAGCUACCUGGGUCUGGGUUUGAUGUCUGCUCGACUCGGAGUCUUAGGAGGCGUCCAGGGCCCCCUCGCCCCCCCAGGGGGCAGCACUGAGCUGCUCAGCUCUUGCCUUCCUCCAGACUCUUCAUCCAGGUGGGAAUAUGCUGACGUCGUCUACACCGUGAAGGGACAGAAGGCAGGUGAGCUGGCUUACAAGGCGUGCCUCACUGAGGUACAAAAGUUUCUGUACAGCAAAGUGAUGAAGGCGUCCGAGGCUGCAGACGUCCACUUUUACGCCUUCUCCUUCUACUAUGACCGCGCCGUCGACCUCGGGCUCAUCGAUGAGAAGAAGGGAGGAACCGUCAGAGUGUCGGACUACGUCCAUGCUGCUAAAAGAGUGUGUGGCGGUCUGUCCAUCGGUCCUCUGCAGAGCCCCUUCCUCUGUCUGGACUUGGUCUACAUCUCACUCCUGCUGCAGGGGCUCGGACUCCCCCCACACCAACAGCUCAGGCUGGUGAGGACCAUCAACCAGGUGGAGACCAGCUGGGCUCUGGGGGCCACCUUCCAUUACAUGGAGUCCCUGAAAAGACACUGAGACACAACACCUGCUGCUUUUAUUUUGAAGGGUUCUGCACAGGGUCCAGGUGUUGGAGAGGAGCUGAUCCAAAUAAUCUGAAAACGCCCAUCAGGUUCUGGUUCUGAAGUUG